AUGAAUGCCCCGAACCGAUUCGAAAUGUUCACCUUGGCCGAUGGGGAGCGGCUCAUCGAGGUAAUCGAGGAUACCAAAAUUCCCAAUGCGGCAACAUUCAAAAUCGUAAAGCAAGAUCACACCUUGGCCAACAUGCUUCGCGCCCAAUUGCUUUCCAACGAAGCCGUUAUAUUCGCGGGUUACAAGGUUCCACACCCGCUUGAGCCCUAUUUUAUCAUCAAGGUCCAGACCAAUGGAGCGUUUACACCCACCCAAGUGCUCCUCGACGCGUGUAGCGCGCUUAUUCGGAUGAUUAGUGAUAUCAAGCAGCAAUUUACCACCAAGUUCGAUUUGCGUGCUUUGGAGAGUGACGCAGGAGAGGAAAUAUCGGGACCAUAUGGCACAUCGAGAUAUGGUGGCUAUGGUGCAGAAGCAUCUAGGCCUGGUGGUGAUUACAUGGAUAUGUAG